AUGACCAUUGCGAUUGGAAGAAUGAACUUUAUACUUCUAGCCUUUGGCUUCAUGACCCAGAUUGGCGCGACCGAGCUUACUUCGCCAUGCUCCGUCACUACGAGUGGUGUCGAUUAUGUAACUACCAACCCUGGCCCCGAAGUGAAUAAUGCAGCGUGUAGUCUAGUAGGUAAUGAUCAAAUUAUGAUGUCAAAGUUUGUGGCAGGCAUUAUCUCGUGCUUUUUCUUGGCCGACCGUGGCAGAGAUUCAUCUUUCGCUUUGGAUGACGAGGGUUUUAAGCAGUCACUCAAGGAUGCUCUAAAAUAUUUUGUCAGAAAUAGGGAAGAUUUGCUUAGUGCCUUUAAAGAAUAUUGUGCGAUAGCCUCAGGAACCAUGAAGAUAACAGAUGCAAAAAUGAAGAUAUCACAGACAGCUGAGGCAUUAAGAAUUAUUGUAGACAACCAAGCUUUUUAA